CCGCGGGCGCGGCCAGGGCGGGGCGCGCGGCGUGUCCCUCCGCGGGCGUGUACCUCUGCCCGCGCGGCCCGGCACAGCGAGGCGGGAGUCGGCUCCAGACCGCGGUGGUCCUAAGGCGGCCAGCUCCAUGCUGAAACCCAAGUCACCUGCUGCUCUUCUCUCAGGAAGCUCACAAACGGCCGCUUCAAAACCCAGGCAUGGUGGGGCAAGCCUGGCAGCCUAGCAGUGGGACAGCCUAGAGAAGAGGACCCUGGGGUGCUGGCAUCCAGUUCUGAGCAGGUGUUGGAAGUCCACUAAGAGGACCAGAGAGGAGACGCCUAGACGGCCUCUGGGUGACCACAGCAUCUCUCCCUCCGUGGUCUCUGCUUCGCCUUCUGAGACACAAGUGCCACCAAGAUGUCCAACCCAUUUCUGAAGCAAGUGUUCAACAAGGACAAAACGUUCCGGCCUAAGCGCAAGUUCGAGCCUGGAACACAGCGCUUUGAGCUCCACAAGCGUGCACAGGCGUCGCUGAACGCAGGACUGGACCUGCGGCUGGCGGUGCAGCUGCCACUAGGUGAGGACCUCAACGACUGGGUGGCUGUGCAUGUGGUGGACUUCUUCAACCGUGUCAACCUCAUUUACGGCACCAUCAGUGACGGCUGCACCGAGCAGUCGUGCCCGGUCAUGUCCGGGGGCCCCAAGUAUGAGUACCGCUGGCAGGACGAGCAGCGCUUCCGGAAGCCCACGGCGCUCUCCGCGCCCCGCUACAUGGACCUGCUUAUGGACUGGAUUGAGGUGCAGAUCAACAACGAGGACAUCUUCCCCACCAAUGUCGGCACACCAUUCCCUAAGAACUUCCUGCAGGCGGUGCGCAAGAUCCUGUCGCGGCUGUUCCGCGUGUUCGUGCACGUGUACAUCCACCACUUCGACCGCAUAGCGCAGAUGGGCUCCGAGGCGCACGUCAACACCUGCUACAAGCACUUCUACUACUUUGUCACCGAGUUCAACCUCAUCGACCCCAAGGAGCUGGAGCCCCUGAAGGAGAUGACCUCACGGAUGUGCCACUGAGGCCCCCUGGCCACCAGGACUCAGGAAGACAGCUUGGGCGCCCCUGUCAGCUUUGUUCAGCCUGGGUCUCAGGAGCGUUACCCUGAAUGCCGCUAUCAGAGGAACAGAGGGACUCUGGCUCCUCCCUCAUCUCUGACCUGUGCUGGACUUGAAAUCUGCAAUACUGCAUCCUCUCGGCCACCGGGCUCACACCGUGUCUGUGCCACAGCCUCUGGCAGGAGGCAGGAUCCGGAGCCAUUGCCAACUACCCCCUUGUCCGGUCUCCAUGCCUGUCCAGCCUUGCCCCAUGGCCUUAGUAUGUGUGGCCACAGCUCUGUCCCCUUCUUCCUAGCCUGGAAGGAAGGUGGCAUCCGGUCUCCUCUGCAGAGCCACACUCUGUGUGGUGACCACAUGGAUGCCCAGCUGCCACACAUCUAAAGAUGUAAUAAUGAGCCAUGUUCUCCACUGCCCAGCUCUGCCCUCUGCUUGUAUUUCUGGACAUCACGCAUUGCCAGAACUUUCCACUCAUUCCGCCUGGUCCUACUGCCUGGCGCCCUCUCCAACCCCCACCCCGCGGGCAGGAUUCCCAGUGUGGAGUGUUCUGAGGUGCCUUUGCAGAACCAGGAGGGUACAGGUGCUGCAUGCAGCGAUCUCGGAACUCUGGAGGCAGAUGUAGGAGGAGUGCUGCAAAUUCAAGGCCCCUCUGGCCUCCACACUGAGAGUCAGGCCUUUCAGGGUCUCAUAACAAGAUGAUCUUAGCCGGGCCGUGGUGGCGCACGCCUUUAAUCCCAGCACUUGGGAGGCAGAAGCAGGCGGAUCUCUGUGAGUUCGAGACCAGCCUGGUCUACAAGAGCUAGUUCCAGGACAGCCAGAGAUAUUACACAGAGAAACCCUGUUUAAAAAAACAAACAAACAACAAAAAAAAAAGGUGUGACCUCAACCCUCAUGUGAAAGCCAGGUAUGGUGGCAUUUGUCAUCCCAGCUUCGGUCAUAUCCUCCGGCUUCUACAUCCCAAGUGUGCAGAUUAAAAAGGAUGUCAGACACAACACCCAGUCCAUUCAGAAAUGUCUGUGUUUUGUUUCAGUUUUUGAGACAGGAUCUCAGACUAUCCCUGGCAGACCUGGGACUCAUUACGUAGCCCAGACUGGCUUCAGACUCCCAGAUCUACCUACCUCUGCCUCCCCAGCACUGGGAUUCAAGACAUGCCCUUCUGGAGAUCUUAGAGAAAAAGUUUAGCCUGUUUCUAGUGGCUGCCCAGUCCAACCAGAAUCCAGGAAUGAAUUUUCACAUUGUUUCCAGCAUCUGCUGAGGUCAGCAGUUCCUAGGGGGUCGCAACAGGGGCAUUCCUUCGAUGGCAGCCUGUUGUGACCCUAGGGGCCACAGGACCAAACUUCCAUGGACUCCUCUCUACCAUGCCAUGGAGGACAUAGCAGGGUGUGACUGCAGUCUUUGACCCUCUGGCCUUUCCCUUGAGACCUGUGCACUGUGAAGACCCCAGGGAAUUCUGGUAAUUUUCCCAAAUCUGUGAGGCUGUCACUGAACCAAAUGAGCACAGUUAGCAAGAAGUCAAUGCCCAAGCCCUUCAAAGCCUGAUGCUGCAGCCCUGGAAGGACCCAAGGACGAACCCUCAAGGCUUGAUGGAAUGUAUCUCCCACCUACCUACAAGACUGGGCCACCGUGCCAAAUCCCAGCAGCCCACACACCAGCCCAGGAAGGGGUCCAUACUGCCUCAUCCAUCCCACCUCAAUUCAAGCCUAAGAAUAAA